AUGAGCGACGGGCGGCCACCGCGCGCCACACAGGAGCAGGGGCAGGAGCCUCAUGCGCACGCGCGUGCGGCACCUACAGCAGAUACGCAACCUCGCCUUAUCGCGACGGAAGGUCAAAAACCCUUCUCAGACAUGAAGGACACUCUUCACCCUGCCCUAUUAGAAGGAGUAGACGCGAUGGGCUUCAAGUUCAUGUCUCCAGUACAGGAGAAGGUAUUCAGCGAACUGCCAUCGCUUUCAUCUGAUUGCUUAGUUCAGGCCAAGACUGGAACCGGCAAGACGGCGGCCUUCCUGCUUCCGGCUAUACAGAAUCUUCUAUCUGGCAAUAUGCCGCGUCGUGGCGGUGUUGGCAUCCUCGUCAUUUGCCCUACGCGUGAACUCGCUCUGCAAAUCGCCAAAGAGUGCCAGGAUAUAACUUCGCGUCUACCGCAAAAGCUUGACUGCCACACCGCCUUCGGUGGCACUCAGCGUGCUUCGAGCUUGAAGCGCUUCCUGAGCGGCAACCCGAGUAUUCUGGUGGCCACUCCAGGUCGUCUUGACGAUAUUCUAGGCGAGGAGGAAGUUCGGGAGAGAUUCGAAGGUCUCAAGACGCUUGUACUGGACGAAGCUGACCGUAUGCUGGACGCUGGUUUUGCGCCCGCGAUCCAUAAGAUUCUGAAACGGCUACCUCCCAAGAGCAAUGGCUGGCAGGGCAUGUGCUUUUCGGCGACUCUGCCGGAACGCGUGAACGAUGUGGUGAAAUGUGUGCUGUUCCCUGGCUAUACCUCGCUCUCAACCAUCGACCCCAACGAAGCCCCGACAGUUGCUCGUGUUCCCCAGUUUUCUGUGUUGUUGAACUCGGUCAAGCAAACCUUCCCAGCUCUCCUAGCGGUUCUGCAGAAGGAGUACGAGUCCAACCCGGAUGAUUUCAAGGUCGUCGUUUUCGGGACCACCGCCAACGGCGUAGGUAUGCUCUACGACCUCUGCAAACUGGCCCUACCUCAAUUCAGGACGUUCGAGCUACAUAGCCGUAUGAGUCAAAACUCUCGGACCCGGACCACCGGCGAGUUCAAGGAAGCGCCCCGUGGCAUUUUGAUUGCCUCUGAUGUGGUCGGGCGCGGCAUGGACUUCCCCAACGUCAGUCUAGUAGUCCAACUUGGUCUCCCCAUGGAUACAGAACAGUAUGUUCAUCGAGUCGGACGCACAGCACGAGCUGGUCGGGAUGGCAGAGCGGUCAUCAUAUUGUUCUCCAACGAAAGCUUCUUCAUCAACACCAAUCCCACUCUGCCUAUAAAGCCCUACCCAACAGACAUCGUGGCCGAGCUGCCCAAGUACCAGGCACUGGUUGACAAAUCGUUCCCCCGGGUCGACGAAGUUGCUAAGGCGAAAGCUUACCAAGCCUUCCUCGGAUACAACAAAACGUACCUCAAGAAGUUGAAGUUGCAGCCGAAAGAACUCGUGCAGCUUGCCAAUGACUACGCGUACGCAAUGGGGUGCCCCGAGCCUCCAAUGAUCGAGAAGAAGGUCGUGGGCAAGAUGGGAUUGAAAGGAGUACCUGGGCUAAGAAUCGGCACGAGGGAGAGAGAUUGA